AUGCCAAUUUCGGAUGUCAAAUAUGAAGCAGCUCGAGAUGAACCGGAACCGAUGGAUUGUUAUUUACAACACGCACAGGAAUAUCAAACGACGUCUAAAGUUCCAAAAAGUUUUUGGAAUAUAUUUGGACGAUCUUUAGUUUUAGUCGGUUCAUAUUUUAUAUUAUCUGUAGGAUUAACAUUAAUUUUAUUCAAUUUCGAGAUACUGAAAGAACAAGAUUGCUUGAAAAUAAUUUAUUAUUAACGACUCCAAUUGCAGAAUUUCCAUUAUCCAUUAAGUGUUGUAAUGUGUCAUUUACUAGUCAAAUUAUUUUUAUCAGCGUUUAUAAGAAACGUCAAAUCAUACAAACGAGGACAGCAGCAAGUGCGUUUAUCAUGGCAAAGUAUCUUAUCAGCUUUAGCGCCACCGGGAAUAGCCAGUGGACUUGAUGUCGGUUUUUCAAACUGGGCACUUUCAAUUAUUUCCUUAUCAUUGUACACAAUGACCAAAUCUACGAGUAUUAUAUUUAUUCUUGGAUUUUCAUUGGUUUUUAAUCUAGAGAAAAAGUCAUGGUCAUUAGUCGGAGUUGUUAUUAUGAUAUCUAGUGGAUUAAUAAUGUUUACAUACAAGUCAACGCAAUUUGUUGUUGCUGGUUUUAUUUUAUGUUUACUGGCAUCUUUUGCCAGUGGUCUACGAUGGACAAUGGCUCAAUUAAUAAUGCAAAAAUCUAAAUUGGGUAUCAAAAGUCCUAUUGAUAUGAUGUAUUAUAUGCAGUCGUGGAUGUUGUUAGCUAUUUUUCCUAUGGCUUUGUGGUUUGAAAGUCAAGAAAUGUUCUAUAAUAUUCAAAAAAUAGAUUGGAGUCAGCCACAUCAAGUUUUGUGGACGAUAACUGCUGUCUUUAUUGGUGCCAUACUAGCUUUUAAUAUGGAAGUAAUGGAAUUUAUGGUAGUUACGUAUACUUCUAGUCUUACAUUAGCCAUUUUGGGUAUUUUAAAGGAAAUUUGUAUAUUAGUACUAGCCUUUGCGUUUAAAGGCGACCAAAUAAGCCGUAUCAAUUUCUUCGGAUUAUUGCUGUGCCUUGGUGGUAUCGUGUUGCAUGUAAUGCAAAAAAUACUGACAAACAAAAAAGAGAUUCAAGAAAAUCUUGAAUUACAUUCCAAUUCAAUGACCACAGUUGGAUCUGUUGAAGAGGACAUGGAUACAAACAUGCCACUGUUGACCGAGAGAUCUACAUCUCUUACGAAUUUGUUGAACUCAAAUUUUAGUACAGACGAUGACGAUGAUAAAGACAAAGAUGACAGCUCAGAAGUUCUUUUCAAUAUUUUACAACGACGUGAGCCGUAA